GAGGAAGGAAGGACGAACGAAGAGGAGGAGGAGAAGGACAACAAGGAGGAGAAAGAGGAUGGUGUCUGCCGACCAGCGUUACUGUCACUCGGCUUCACUCUGGCAUGUCUACGUCGCUGCUGCAACACCAUAAACCGUCUUCAUUUUUCAAAAAUUGCUUCAUAUUUCAAACCCGGACGCGCAAAUUAAUCGUCGCUAACGAGCGUCGUUGUGGUUACGCGCACCUGCCACGGAGCCGUAGCACAACAAAAGCCUUCUAAAAUGGCUGCGACCCUCCAAGAAACAGUAUAACUCGUCAUCGUUUACUAUUUUUAUUUGUAAUUUGUCAAUGUCGUGUCGGCGUUCGUCGUUUUGUCGGACGUUCGCGGUUUGUUUGCGGUUUAGCUAGGAGAUAACUUGGCUAACAGCGAGUCCCUUUUUUGUUUUGGGUUUUUAAUGUGCGAGUGCUAAGGGUUUGUUCGUGAUCCAUGCGUGGUUAAAAAGCCAAUCGGGUGGAUAUCAUGUGGGUCAGUCCCGAAGAGGUGUUGUUGGCGGGCGCCCUGUGGAUCACCGAGCGGGCCAAUCCCUAUUUCAUCCUCCAGAAGAGGAAGGGCCAUGGCGGGGGAGGCGGAGGACUGGCUGGUUUGCUGGUGGGUACCUUGGACGUGGUAUUGGAUUCAAGUGCCCGCAUGGCUCCCUACAGAAUUCUCUACCAAACCCCGGACUCGCUAUCCUAUUGGAUCAUCGCUCACGGAACAUCGCGGAAGGAGAUAACUGAGCACUGGGAGUGGCUGGAGCACAACAUGCUGCAGACGCUCUCCAUUUUUGAGAACGAAAACGACAUCACCACAUUUGUCAAAGGAAAAGUCCAGGGAAUCAUCGCCGAAUACAACAAGAACCACGACGUGAAAGAGGACGACGACACGGACAAGUUCAAGGAGGCCAGCUCCAAGUUCCGCAAGUUGUUCGGCAUGCCCGACGAGGAAAAGCUGGUCAACUAUUACUCAUGUAGCUACUGGAAGGGCAAAGUGCCGCGACAAGGCUGGCUCUAUCUCAGCAUCAACCACCUCUGCUUCUAUUCCUACCUACUGGGCAAAGAAGUCAAACUGGUGGUGCGCUGGGCGGACAUUACGCAGCUGGAGAAGAGCGCAACCAUGCUGCUACCGGACGGCAUCAAAGUCAGCACGCGCAGCCAGGAGCACGUCUUCUCAGUCUUCCUCAACAUCAACGAGACCUUCAAACUGGCCGAGCAGCUGGCCAACAUCGCCAUGCGUCAGCUGCUGGACAACAAAGGCUUCGAGGAAGACCGUUCGCUACCCAAACUCAAGAAAAAAUCGCCCAUGAAGGUGUCGGCCCUCAAGAGGGACUUGGACGCCAGAGCCAAAAGCGAGCGCUACAGGGCACUGUUCCGUCUGCCUAAAGACGAAAAACUAGACGGGCAUACGGACUGCACCCUGUGGACUCCCUUCAGCAAAAUGCACAUUCUGGGACAAAUGUUUGUCUCCACUAACUACAUCUGCUUCACCAGUAAGGAGGAGAUGCAGUGCAGCCUCAUCAUUCCUCUUCGCGAGGUGACCAUCGUGGAGAAGGCGGACAGCUCCAACGUGCUCCCCAGCCCCGUCUCCAUCAGCACCAAGAACCGAAUGACCUUUCUGUUUGCCAACCUGAAGGACCGGGACUUCCUGGUUCAGAGGAUUUCAGACUUUCUGCAGCAGACACCAUCUAAAAGUUGCUUGGAGCGGGAACUCACCGCCAGUCUCAACAGCUCCGACGACGAGGUUUACGGAUCACUUUUGUCCAGCAGCCCGCAGCACAGCUUGAGCUCGGAGGGCGACCGCUCCUUCAACCUGAACGACAGUAGCGUACCUACUGCCUCGCAGGCCCUCAUGACCAUGUACCGACGCCGCUCGCCUGAGGAUUUCAAUCCCAAAUUGGCUAAGGAGUUCCUGAAGGAGCAAGCGUGGAAGAACCAUUUCUCAGAAUUUGGCCAGGGCGUGUGCAUGUACCGGACCGAGAAGACAAAAGAAUUGGUCCUUCAAGGCAUCCCCGAGGGCAUGAGAGGGGAUCUAUGGCUGCUGUUCUCUGGCGCCAUCAAUGAAAUGGCUACGCAUCCUGGCUAUUACGAAGACCUGGUGGAGCGCUCCAUGGGCAAAUACAACUUGGCCACCGAGGAAAUCGAGCGGGACCUCCACCGUUCUCUGCCUGAGCAUCCCGCCUUCCAGAAUGAGAUCGGGAUCGCCGCCCUUCGCCGGGUGCUCACCGCGUACGCCUUCAGAAAUCCUAACAUUGGAUACUGUCAGGCUAUGAAUAUCGUGACGUCGGUGUUGCUCCUCUACGCUAAAGAAGAAGAAGCCUUCUGGCUGCUUGUGGCGCUUUGUGAAAGGAUGUUGCCAGACUACUACAACACCAGGGUUGUCGGCGCUCUGGUGGAUCAAGGCGUGUUCGAGGAGCUGGCUCGCGAGUACGUGCCCGAGCUGUACGACUGCAUGCAGGACCUGGGCGUCAUCUCCACCAUUUCGCUGUCCUGGUUCCUCACGCUCUUCCUGUCGGUCAUGCCGUUCGAGAGCGCCGUGGUGGUGGUGGACUGCUUCUUCUACGACGGCAUCAAGGUCAUCUUCCAGCUGGCGCUCGCCGUGCUGCAUGCCAGCAUCCACCAGCUGCUCGGGUGUAAGGACGACGGCGAGGCCAUGACGGUGCUGGGCAGGUACUUGGACAAUGUGACGAAUAAGGACAGCACCUUACCACCCAUCCAACAUUUGCAUUCGUUGUUGACGGACAAUGGAGAACCGCAUCCAGAGGUGGACAUCUUUAAAUUGGUCCGCAGUUCUUACGAGAAAUUCGGCUCCAUCCGCGCCGACGUCAUCGAGCAGAUGCGUUUCAAGCAGAGACUGAGAGUCAUUCAGACCAUUGAAGACACAACUAAACGUAACGUGGUCCGAACUAUCGUCACGGAGACUGCUUUCAGCAUCGACGAAUUGGAGGAACUGUUUGUCCUUUUCAAGGCGGAGCACCUGACUAGCUGCUACUGGGGAGGCACAAGCAGCAACCCGACUGAGCGCCACGAUCCUAGCCUUCCCUACCUGGAGCAGUACCGCAUCGACGUGGAGCAGUUCAAGGGCCUCUUUACGCUCCUCUUCCCCUGGGCCAACGGCGCCCACUCGGACCCCUUGGCGGUGCGCUUCUUUCGCCUGCUGGACCACAACGGCGACGCCUUCAUCAACUUUCGGGAGUUUAUCAACGGGCUCAGUGUUCUGUAUCACGGCGAUCUGACUGAGAAGCUGAAACUCCUAUACAAGAUGCACGUUUUACCUGAGGUGAGCGGCGAACACGAAGAACCCGAUUCCGCGUUCGAGGCCACGCAGUACUUCUUUGAAGACAUCACUCCGGAAACAUCCAUGGGCCAAGAUACAAAGAACCGAAAGGAGAAGGACGACGGCUUUGUCAGGGUCACGUUCAAAACAGAAAAAGUCAAGAAGCUGAACACUCCCGACUAUCGCCACUACUUGAAACUUUGGAAUCACGACAGCAAGUCCACAACAGAGCGCGCCAAAGAUCUCCCGAAGCUUAAUCAGGCGCAGUUCAUCGAGCUGUGCAAGACGCUGUACAGCAUGUUCAGCGAGGACCCGGCCGAGCAGCAGCUCUACCACGCCACAGCCACCGUCACUAGCUUACUGCUAGAGAUGGGAGAGGUGGGCAAGCUCUUCAGCGCCGCACGCCGGGACCCCCAACGCGGAGAGAAUUCUUCCGAGGAGGAAGAGGACGAGCGUUCACCAGGCAUGCAGGACAUCAAAUUGGAAGACGCGUCCCCCAAAUCGGCCAUGCUGACCUCGGACGACGAAGCCAAAGACGACACGUCGGUGUCGUCGUACUCGGUGCUCAGCGCUGGCUCGCACGACCCGGACGACAACAAGCUGCGGUGCGAAGACAUCGCCGACGACACGGUGCUAGUGAGGAGCGAGCGCGGCGGCGCCGGAGACGACGACAAGAAGAAGAAAAGCGGCGACGGGGUGGACCGCGAUUGGGCCAUCACUUUCGAGCAGUUCCUGGCGUCGGUGCUGACCGAGCAGGCGCUGGUGCUUUACUUCGAGAAGCCCGCCGACGUAGCGGCGCGCAUCACCAACGCUAAGAACGUUCGCAAAGUGGGACGCAAAGCGUUGCUGUCUGUUAGCGAUUAUGAAAUUUCACUCUCCGGUUGAGUUUUGCGGUAAUCUCGCGCUUUUUGGAAAAAAAAAAAAAACAUCGGGAACGCAGUUUUUAACACAUUUUUCGGGUGCAGUAUCCAAAACUAAUCCCUGUUUUUUUUCCCCUCUAGGAUCCCAGAUUUCUUAAAAACGAUAACAAAUACUGGAGUUGAACUCUCACUGCCAUUGACGGGGAUAGACGUCUAAUCGUAGAGCAUCUCAUCAUCCUGCUGUGAAUUAGUAUGAGGUAAUCACUAGUAGACGUCCAAUCCAUUUGAAGUGGGAGGGUGUUCGUUCAUUUGCUGUCAACCCUCCCACUUCAAAUGGAUUGGACAUCAAUCACUGUCAAUGGCAGUGAGUUAACAAAUUAUAUAUAUAUAUAUAUAUAAACUUAAAAUAUUUACAUACAAUAAAAUAUACAAAAAAGCCAUUUUUAUUUUCAACUAUUAUACUGUGUAUAAGUAGUACCAACACAGUAAUUCUAGUAUUUAAAACAAAACAAAAACGAGAAUUUUUGGAAUCUGCAUGCCAAUUUCAGUUUUAACUGGCAUUAAAAUCCACCAAAAUUUCUCUUAGAAUGGUUCCCGGAUGUACCGUAAUUUCCCGAAUAUAAUCCACACUUUUUUCCCAAAAUUUACUCGUAAAAUCAUGGGUGCGCGUGAUUCACGGGUACAGGGACGGAGACAGAAAAAAUGAAUCAUGAUUCAUGUUCCAUUGUAAGCAUGGACCGGAAAAAUAUUACAUAAUCCGAACGACUGUGAUAUAAUAAUCAAGUUUUAUGUGGUAAAUAAUUUUGCAUGACAUCUAAUAAAAUUUAGGGGUGUCAAACGAUUAAAAUUUUUAAUCAAGUUAAUUACAGCUUAAAAAUUAAUUAAUUGUAAUUAAUCGCAAUUAAUCGCAAUUCAAACCAUCUAUAAAAUAUGCCAUAUUUUUCUGUAAAUUAUUGUUGGAAUGGAAAGAUAAGACACAAGACGGAUAUAUACAUUCAACAUACUGUACAUAAGGACUGUAUUUGUUUAUUAUAACAAUAAAUCAACAAGAUGGCAUUAUCAUUAUUAACAUUCUCCUAAAGCGAUCCAUGGAUAGAAAGACUUGUAAUUCUUAAAAGAAAAAUGUUAGUACAAGUUAUAGAAAUUUUAUAUUAAAACCCCUCUUAAUGUUUUCGUUUUAAUAAAAUUUGUAAAAUUUUCAAUCAAAAAAUAAACUAGUAGGUCGCCAUUGUUGUUGUCAAUAAUUACACAAUUCUCAUGGUCAUAAAAUCAGUCGCACCCAAGCGCCAGCAGAGGGCGACAAAACUCCAAAGAACACAAGUAACAAGUGCACAUGACCCUUUGCUGUCAUUUCAAUCUGUUUGAGCGGGGCAUGUGUGUUAAUUGCGUCAAAUAUUUUAACGUGAUUAAUUAAAAAAUAAAUAAAUUACCGCCCAUUAACGCGAUAAUUUUGAUAUAUAUAUUAGGGCUGUCAAACGAUUAAAAUUUUUAAUCGAGUUAAUUACAGCUUAAAAAUUAAUUAAUCGUAAUUAAUCGCAAUUCAAAUCAUCUAUAAAAUAUGCCAUAUAUUUCUGUAAACUAUUGUUUGAAUGGAAAGAUAAGACACAAGAUGGAUAUAUGUAUAUUCAACAUGCGGUACAUAAGGACUGUAUUUCAUUAUUAUAACAAGAAAUCAACAAGGUGGCAUUAUUAACAUUCUGUUAAAGCGAUCCAUGGAUAGAAAGACUUGUAGUUCUUAAAAGAUAAAUGUUAGUACAAGUUAUAGAAAUUUUAUAUUAAAACCCCUCUUAAUGUUUUCGUUUUAAUAAAAUUUGUAAAUUUUUCAGUCAAAAAAUAAACUAGUGGCACGCCAUUGUUGAUGUCAAUAAUUACUUACACAAUGCUCAUGGGUGCUGAAGCCUAUAAAGUCAGUCGCACCCAAGCGCCAGCAGAGGGCAGCAAAACUCCACAAAACACAAUUAACAAAUGGGCAUUUCACUAUACUGUCAUUUAAAUCUGAGCGUGGCAUGUGCGUUAAUUGCGUCAAAUAUUUUAACGUGAUUUUAAAAAUUAAUUACCGCCCGUUAAUGCAUUCAUUUUGACAGCCCUAGUUAAAACUCGCUACAACUCCUUACUUUGUGAAAAUUAUUAUCGAAUACUAUAAGCAAUUUUACCACAGAAAAUUAAUACUCUAUUUUUUUUUUUUUUUUUAAUUUGACAAAAGGAUUAAAAAAAUGCUGCAACCGCGUAUUUUAUAAAAGUUUGAGACACGAGACUCAUAUUUAUUGGUGCUAAAAUUAGGGUGCGCAUUAUACACGGGUACAAGAAUUUUCCCCAGAUUUUACAGGUAAAGUUUGGGUGCGCGUUAUAUACGGGUGCGCCUUAUAUUGGGGAAAUUACGGUAAUUUCACGCCUGAAAAAGUUUGUCAUAUCUUAUAAACGCCACAAGAUGGCAGCAAAAACACUACUAAAUGUUUAAAAUGAACCCAAAUAAUAACUGAAUAAAGGUAAAUGUACUACAAAGUAUUUUAAGGUCAAAUUUUCUGAAGAGCUAAACUGAAGACAAAGACCGAAAACCGAGAAAUGACAUGGCAAGUCAUCCAUUUUCCGAUUGAGGAAUCGAAAACAUGGAAUGAACGAGUGAUACACGGUUGGACGUGUUUUCUUUUGGUAGCUACUCAUUGGUUCCUUUUUUAUUGGUUUCCCAAACAGUGACACCUGUUUAAAAAGUCAUUGAUCCGCUCCUGCUAAGAAUCGAUAUAACUCUUUAGUUUACAAAGUAUCAUGAUAAAUCACCAUUUCGAUAUAUUGUCACAGCUUUAGUUUUUACCAUAGGUGGAGUUUGACUUUUGGGGCAGGGGGGCCACAACAUGUCGAUGACCCCGAAACGCAGUGUCAGCAAUAAAAUUAACUUACAAGAAUAUUUAUAAUAAUAAGUUGACAAUGAGCGUUUUUUGUUUCCCAUCAUUCUUGACGGGAAUUCUAAAUCAGGCUGCUUAAGCAAUACUUUUCACCAAUAUCGUCAUCCAUUGAAUAUGGUACGCCCACCGGUGUCAUGCCAAUGUAGUUACCCCAGUCAAAAAUUGUAUCCCCUGGGCGGAGCCAUAUGGAAGUAGAUUUGUGUCUUUAUUAUUCAAUCAAAAAAAAAGUUGCUUCAAUUAAAAAAAAAAAAAAAAAAGUGUUUGAAUGCAAUAGUGCUGCAACGAUUAAUCGAUUAAUUUGAGUAUUCGAUUAGAAAAAAAUAUUCAAAUUUUGUUGCUUCGAGUAUUCGUUUAAUUAAAGUGGCGUUGUAAUAUUCAAUUUUGAAAGUGUUUACAUUUAGUUUAUUGAUUAGUGUGGAUACAUUGCCCUCUGGUUUGCCUCAUUUCACAUGGCUGAAUACAACUGCUCCCUGUUAAGACCAACAUUAGCGAAGUUUUUCUUUAGGCUAAUGUUUUUUAAUGCAUUCUUAAUUUAGUUUAUAUGUAUAUUUAGCCGUUUGUUGUGGUAAUAUGAAUCUGAACCAUUUUUAAGAGCAUUGGGGGGCGGGGGGGAACGUUAGCAUUUUAUAGAAUUUAAGCAAGCAGACUUUUACCACAUAUGUUAGCCAAUAGUCUUUUGUUGUUCAAAUAUCCUCAUUUAUUUAUUUUUAAUACCGUUUGAGGCUCAGCUCAGGUAUUUUAAUUUUUCAUUUUUCUUUUCUGAUUACUCGAUUAUUUGAAUUAACUAGUUAAUCCAUUAUUCGACUACUAAAAUAAUCGAUAGCUGCAGCCCUAGAAUGCAAUAAUAAAUUUGAAACUCAAAAAAACGCAAAAAAAAAAUGCAAGUGAAAGCCAUUUUUCUUUGAUUAUUUUAUAUUUUUAUUUUUGGGGGGGACUGAAGUCAAUUUUUUUUUUUUUUUUUUUUAAUUGAAGCAACUUUUUUUGAUUGGAGUAAUGUUGAUUUGUGUUUGGGCCACAUUGUGGCUAGGACAUUUUUGUCUUUAUUAUUCAAUUAAAAAAAUAAGUUGCUUCAAAAAAUACAUACUGACAAAAAGAAAAAUCACUUCAAUCAAAAAAGAAGAGAAAAAUUUCAUUCAUAGAAAAAUGUUUUUGAAUGCGAAAAAAUAUUUGAGAUUGAAAAAUUUGCAUUGGAACACUUAGUUUUUCAUUGAAAAAGUUUUGAUUGAAGCAAUCCUUUUUGUGUUUGGGCCAUAUUACGGGUAGGGCAUUUGUGUCUAAAUUUUUCAAUCCCCAAAAAAAGUAGCUUCAACCAAAAAAAUAUUUUCGAUCAAAGAAAAAAAUCGUUUGAAAAAUAAAAUUGCGCUCCCCUAAUGUUUUGUUUUUUUUGUGUGAAAAUUAUAUGCAAAGCAAAUGUCACAUGAUCUGUUCGAAAAAUAAUUUUGACCCAUUAUAAAAGUUUUUUUUUUUUGUUCAUUUCAUUCAUUUUUGUAGCAGUUUUAUUGCUUUACAACUUUUACACAUAUAUGAAAGUCAAUUGCAUGCAAUGACACUUUUCGGCCACCAAGUGGGCCUGGCCCCCCCUUAAAAUCCGCUAAUGCUUUUUACCGUAAAAUAUCUUUGCAAUUUAAAAAUGCCUCCGUUUUAGCUCACAUUUGAAGUAGUUCAUUACUGCCCUCUACUGGUGGCUUUAAAACUUUCCAAAAAGAGCCAGCAAAACGUGGGAGAUUACCGUCAUAACAAAUAGUGCAAUGAAUGUGACCAAAACUCACUUGUAAUCACAUAUAGUCGCUGUACAGUUGAAAAGCUUAACUUGACCUUUUAACACUCACCGUACCCUAUCAAACAAAAAUGUGUAGUUCAACACUGAGUGGAAUAAAGUCGUUAAUAAUACUCAUUUCACUGUGGAGUAAAGGCGCCUUACUACUAGGACAGAAAGUGGGAAAGCACUGUAGGAUUAUUUUGCUUGUCAUUUUGAAGGACUUGAAGGUUUUGUACAAAAAAAGGUUGAAAGUUGUACAGUGUGAAGUGUUAAGUACGUGUAUGGUGAUCAAAUGACACUAAAGCGCUGUUGUAUGGACACACGGUCACUUUAUAAUAGAGUUACAAUAUAAUACAAUCAACUCACGUCAUGUAUUUUAUGACUUAUGUUACCUGUGACUUUUUUUUUAAUCGUUUUUGUACAUGUAUUUUGUUUGCCUCUUUUUUUCAAUGCACUGAAUGAUCAUUCUGUUAAAUUAAAUUGAAAUUAAGACUUGAGUUGUUAUUCAUGAGCACAUCUGAUUCUUCUAUUUUCAUCAUCUAAAUUUAAAGGUUCUGUAAAAAGCUUUUUUGUUUUUUCCCCUCUGGCA